AUGGCGCUCCCAUCUUCUUCCACCGCCGCCGCCCUCGCUUCUUUUUCCCCCCUUGACUUGUUCCCGGUCACGGAGAAACUGACCAGGAAUAAUCACCCGAUGUGGAAGCUUCAAGUUCUCUCGGGCCUUCGUGGUGCCAAGAUGGAGAAGUACAUCGAUCUAGCGGAGAGGCCGCCGGAGAAGUAUAUCCCCCCUAAGGCCGCCAAGACCAGCAAUGAGAAGCCGUCGGCCGAUGAUGCACCCAUUCUGAAUCCUGAAUUCAAGAAGUGGGUAGCCCAAGACCAGCAAGUCCUCUCCUACCUCCUUGGAUCCCUCUCUCGCGAGAUUGGAUCUCAGAUCACUACGGUGAUGACCGCGGUGGAGGCAUGGACUGCGAUCCAGGCGCUUCAUGCGUCACAAUCAAGGGCUAGAAUCAUCAGCACAAGGAUGGCCCUGUCCAAUGCGUCAAAGGGCGCAUCUACCAUCAGCGAGUUCUUCACUAAAAUGAAGGCUCUUGGAGAUGAGAUGGCAUCUGCCGUUCGCAAACUUGAAGAUGAGGAGUUGAUUUCCUACAUCUUGACCGGGCUGGAUCAUGAGUUCGAUCCAGUGGUGACCGCAGUGGCGGCGCGAGUCGAGCCGAUCACCGUGAACGAGCUCUACGCGCAGCUCGUAUCGUUCGAGCAGCGCAUGGAGGCAAGAGGUGGAGGACAACAGUCCUCGGUGAACAUGGCCUCCAAGGGAGGCCGCAAUGGUGGUAACUACAACAACACGCGCGGUGGCGGGCGUGGAGGACGCCGUGGCGGUGGUGGUGGCCGCGGACAGAUGGGAGGUCGCGGCGGCGGGCGUUUUGAACCAGGUGUCUACUGCCAAGUAUGUGGCAAGGAACGACACCCCACCUACCGCUGCUUCAACCGGUAUGAUCCCUCUUACCAGGGAGGUCAAGGCGGCCACAAGCUCCUACGGCGUUGA